AUGCUUUUCCAUGCGCAUGCCAUUGCACCCCUCUUACUGAUUUACGGAGCCGUGUCCACUCAUGCUGCCACUUCUGCUCCAAUUGUCAACCUUGGCUACGCAAAAUAUCAAGGCGAAAUAGUGCAGGAUCAGACCUCUAACGCGACGCAUACGCGUUUCCUUGGGAUUCGAUUCGCCGCACCUCCAACUGGUGCUGCGCGGUUUAGAGAACCUAGACCACCUGCCCCGUUGUCUGGCAUACAGCAGAGUUCUCCGCCCCCCAUAUGUUAUCAAGCAAGUUUGAGUACCGGUGCAAAUAACCCAUACGGUGGAGAACAAUCUUUGCUUCAAGUCAGAGAGGAGGGUGGAAGAAUUUCUGAGGAUUGUUUGUUCCUAAACGUCUUUGUGCCUGGAGGGGGGCUGAAAGAGAAAGCGAACUUACCAGUUAUUGUAUGGAUACAUGGGGGUGGCUACGUGGGUGGAGGCUCUUGGAACUCGACUCUUGGUAAUGUAUACAACGGUGGAGAUGUUAUUCGACGGGCAGGUGAAGGUGUAAUUGUGGUCAGCAUUCAAUAUCGAAUGGGUUUGUUUGGGUUUUUGUCAGGACAAAAAGCGAAAGAGGCCGGUGUCUUGAAUGCUGGGCUUUUGGAUCAACAGUUUGCGUUGCAAUGGGUUCAGAAACACAUCAAUAAAUUUGGUGGAGACCCUCGUAAAGUGACCAUUUGGGGGGAAUCGGCUGGUGCAGGCUCUGUAUUUCAGCAUGUGGUAGCAAACGGCGGUAAAACGAACCCACCUCUCUUUAAAGCUGCUAUCACAUCGUCGCUUUACCUACCUCCACAAUAUAGGUACAAUGACCCUAUACCUGAGGCCAUUUAUGACGAGGUCGUCAGAGAAACAAAAUGCGACUCGUCAAGCGAUACGUUGAAUUGUCUCCGUCAGAUUGAUGCUGAAAUUUUGGGUCCCAUUAACUUCAAAGUCAACGACAAGGCGUUCUUUGGCACGAAUGCGUUUGUUCCAGUGAUCGAUGGAAAGUUUAUUAAGGACUUACCUUCUAACUUGCUCAAGCAAAAGAAAUUGAACGGGGAUUUUGUUUACGCCGUCACAAAUACCAAUGAAGGCACCAUUUUUGUCAAUCCCAGUACAGCUGAUACGCUGCAUGUGGGUCAAUUCCUAUCCCAAUUUUAUCCAACACUCGUCCCCGAAGAAAUUAGUGCCUUAGAGGCGAAAUACAGUGGCCUUGGGUCUAAUUUUUCUCAGGCUGUUUCAAUAGUAGGCGAAUCCAUCUUCAUUUGUCCCACAUACCGGCUGUUGUCAGCGUUCGGGGGUAAAGGCUACAAGGCCGAAUUUGCCAUCCCACCAGCGAAUCACGGAGAAGAUGUGAAUUACUACUUCCCGGACGCUUUCCAGGGAUUUGUAAGCCCUGUAUUUAACAAUUCCGAGUUUCAAAAGGCAUUUGCAGAGUCGUUCACGAACUUUGCAAUCUAUACCAACCCCAACAAAAAGUGGGAAAGUAACAUCACGCCAUUAUGGAAUCCUUGGGCUGGGUCCAACGAAAUACAUUUCAACAAGACAGAAGAUGGCUCCCCUGAUGUCAGAGCUGUCAAGACAUCUAGCUCUCUUCUGGAGCGAUGCAGGACUAUGAGAUUAGUGCUAGUACCAGUCAAUUAUGUGGGUGCACUGGCCUCUGUGCUUUUAUGA